AUGAACCAUGUGGGAAUCCCGGAUGGCGUCAGCGCUGGAGUGGAUGAGAAAGGAGAACCUGUUUUCUACUUCGCUAUUUUAUCAUUGUUCCCUGACAUGAUUGUGCGCUUCGUUGACUGGCCAUCAAUUCGACAAUUGCUCUUGUAUCUUCCGCGUGGACUGAGUGCACCUAUUCCAAGGUGGGGCUUUAUUGUUCGCACAGAUAAAAAUGGUGUGGCUACUCGCACUUGGCAAGACCACAGUGGCGAAACCUCCCAGCUCACCUCCGUCGAGACGACCAAAGGAGGCCUCUAUGUAGGCGGAUUGCACAACAACUUCGUAGGAUUCUUGAAGGUCGAUAAAUAG